GUCCAUUAUCUUUAUCAGCACGAAUAGAUCACCUUAAUAUAUCAGUUUCUGUAUACCUUAUUCCUGUGUAUUGUAUAAUCACUGUACCCUCAUGUUCUGCGUUCACAGCACGGUCCAGCAUGUAUGUGUGUUUUGUAUGGGAUGGGACGUCGGCAUGCUUUAAUCUCAUCACCAGUUUCCUUUGUGUAUCUCGAUAAGAAAUAACGUUUGAGCGGUAUAUGAACAUAACAAUUGGUGAGAAGGGUGAGAUGUUAGUUCUGCAAGGGCUGGCCGUGUGCAUUGGGCGAAGCUCUGCUCCCGUGGUAGUUAUUUAAAAUGCAAGUCGGUCCCUUCGCAAAGACAAUUCCCAGACCGGCGAGGCAGACAGGCGGUCCGCGGGGUGCGCCCUGCCUCACUGUCUGUGUCUCCUACACCCCCUCCCCGCGAGGGAGCUGGAAACUUCUCAACCUGUUCUUUGGUCGGACUCCGAUUUCAACGCACUUAGCUGGACACUGCUUUCCAUUUUUUUCCCUCCUCUGCUAAUGUAGCUGUCACAGCGUUAUCACUUAUACUGGUGUGUAUUGGUGUACGUUUGAAUCAUUAAGCGAAGGUCAUGAAAUACGGUUGAUUGUCCAUUGUUUGAUGUUUUGUUUUUCUGAGACGUGCAAAGCAAGAAGGAGAUUAAUGCAGUAUGGUUAAUGAACACAUUAAUGCGUUUGUGCAAUUUGCCUUCAUCAUUGACCAUGUGUGUGCAUUCAUUAAUAGGCCUUCAUAAUGCAAAAAUUCAGUUAGACAUCAUGUUUCAGUAUUUGAAGAUGUUUUCAUCAUUACGUAUUAACGCGCAGUUAUACAUACUGACUGUACAAAUACGUCAGCGGGAGAUGGACAUCGAUUACAGGCGUUAUAAUACCGUAUAUGCGUGGGGCACAGUUCGCCAUAAUCCUCUUAUUUUAUUACGAGGAAGUGCCCUACGGUGGACCGAGUAAUACGGGAUUUUAUGACGUUCAGGACCGCCGUCUCUUCGGGGACCAUUGAGAGUCUCCGCUCCCUGGCACUGGCAUUGUUCUUGUCUGUGAUAAUAUAGUUUGCCCUGGAAUGUUAGGAUGCUACUCAGACUUGACGACAGAUGGCGCCAUUGAUUACAGUGCGCUAAUGUAACAUUCAUCUAUCCGUCCAUCUAAACUAUUUUUAAUAACAGCUAAGCCAUGUACGGGAUAUGGCAUUCUCAACACUUCCGUUAAAAGCUAGAAAACCCACAAAUUUGUUGCGUGUUAUCAUUUGUUACAUUAGUGGGUGUAACGCCGAUCUUUCCCGCUUGGAAGUUGGUUUCUGUUCUAAGGUCCUUAAGGAAAAUUUUCUGGUGCCCAGACCAAUCCAAUUAUGUUACAGAUUUUUGGAAUCAUCCUAACCUCCCCCCCCCCUCCCCUUUACGGCAACAACUGGACACUAUAAAUUAAUAUUGAUACAUAGUUUCAGAGAUGUUAGACUGAUGCAAUGUUUUAUAUACAUACUGUCAGUAUUGACAUGCUGGACCAUACUUGCUGUACUGUCACUAGACAAGUUUAAAUCGUUUAAACCAUUUAAUUUUACAAAAAGUUUAAAUGUAUCAAGCUGCAUAAAAUGAUUGCUUUUCAAAGCAUAUGCGACAUAAUGUAUCACUGGAAUUUAAUUUUCUGUGUAUCACAUCUUGCUAUUUAUGUGUGUAAUUUCUGCUAGUGGGUCCUGCUGCACUGCACAGUUUAAUCGCCACAGAAUUCACUUGAUAUUAUUUAAGACUUUUCUGUUGUUAUGUAAUAGAUAGCUAGUUAGAGUAAGGGCAAACUGAAAUGCUGAAAAUCAUUGCAGUACAAAGGCACAGGCUUCAUCUGUUGCAUGACGUUUUUUUUCAGCGUUCUGUCAUAACAUCUCUUACUGUACUGUGAUUAAUGGUGGGAACGUUGCUGGAGGGUCACUGGCCCAGAUCUGAAGUACAGCGUGUCUGCCCCCCUCAUGAGAGGUGCAUCAAUACAAGGGAGAAGGGAAUCCCUCGUGGUCAGAAGCCUACUGCACAAGCACACAGGCACACACAGACGCGUGUUUAGUGCCGUGUGCAUCGUGGGGUGGGAUGAAACGUCUCGCUGUGCUUGAAUAAUUUAAUUAGCGUUUUAUUGGCAGAUGCACUGAAUCGACAGACGUUCGAGCUUUUUUUUUCUUCCAAAAAUAUCAGAGCGAGGAGCCUGAUUGGGUGUCUCCUGACAGGAUGAAAGCAGCAAUUUUAGAGUUGUUGUUUUCAUUUUUUAAACAAGCCAGGAAAUAGUUUUUUCACUAUGUUCUUGUAUGAAUGAAUUCGGCAGCCCAGUCUCAAUAGCCGACAAUGCAGUAGACACUUGAGACCAGUAGUAGCUCUUGUAUAACAGAAUGGUGAUUUCUUAGCCAUCCUCGUGUAAAACGUGAAGUAUGUUAUGGCCGCUUCCAGUCUUCUGUUAAACAGCCCCUUUUUAACGUAGUGACUUGGAGAUUAACCAGUUACAUACAUCUGAUCAGUUAUGUACAUGUGAAAGUAGUAUUGGAUAGUCCUCAACAUACUUGGGUAUCACAAAGCCACGACAAAGAAAAAUCAGGAGUUAGACCAGGGGUGGGGAACCUGAUCCAUGGAGAGCCGGUUCGGGUUUUUAGGAUGGCCUCCCAAUCAGCCAAUAACAGUGGGUCCCCAGGACUGGAGCCGAGAACCGCUGCUUUAUUUUUGGCUGAUUGAUAGGUCAUCCCAAAAACCUGCACCGGCUCUCCAUGGAUCAAGUUCCCAAUCCCUGAGCUAGACUAACAUACUGACCUUCCAGAUCCGGAACUGGGGAGUCUUAUUAAUGUACCUUAAACUAAUAUUUUCACUAAAGGAUGGUGUAAAUUUAUGACACCAGUUUAUUCCUUCAUUGAAAGUGACUCCUAUAUCAAACCUGUAGUUAAUAAUACUAAUAAUCUUGUGACAUUUAAUUUAAUGAAACAAUUAACAGCUGAUUUACAUUUACAUCAUGGUUUAAUAAACAGGUGCUCUCCUCAAGAAAACAACCUUGAUUACAUAUUACCACGGAAAGUGUUGCAUGGCCAGAGAUACAAACCCAUAUGGCUGCAGAAAGUCUCUUUGUUGGGGUUAAACCAGAAGGGGAUUUUAAGUGGGUUAUAUGCAGAUUGUCCUCAAGACACAGCUGUGAAACAGGAAACCCGAACAGGUCACAGGAAGUGGUGCUUAAAAUGAGCAGAAAUGGCAACGUUUAAGAGGACAGCAGUUAGCAUAAUGGUUGAGAAACCAGAUGAGGCAAAUUGCUUAUAGAUGCUGGAUGGAUUUCUUUGGACAAAAAAGCCCCUAUCCGUCCCUAGAUCAAUUACAGUCAGCUUUGCCGCCCCCUCAGCGCAGGCCCCAAGCCCUGACAUGGAAGGGAAUGAUCAUCCACUUAGGAGGACUCUCCAUAGGUUGAAGUUGAUGAGUUCCCCCAGCCUCAGUGAGCUGGGCAAGAGCGAGAAGGCCGCGUUGGAGGAGCGGGGGGCCCAGCAAAGAAGGGCGGGGGCCAACGCCACCUGGAAUAGCAUCCACAACGCCGUGAUCGCCGUCUUCCAGAGGAAGGGCCUGGCAGACAACGAGCUCUACCUCCUCAACGAAGGGGUCCGACAGCUGCUGAAAACUGAGCUGGGAUCGUUUUUCACAGAGUACCUCCAGAAUCAGCUCCUAACAAAGGGAAUGGUCAUACUAAGAGACAAGAUACGAUUCUACGAAGGUCAGAAGUUGCUGGACUCUUUAGCUGAGACUUGGGACUUCUUUUUCUGCGAUGUUCUCUCCAUGCUUCAGGCUAUAUUUUAUCCUGUCCAGGGGAAGGAGCCUUCGGUGCGGCAGCUGGCUCUGCUCCACUUCCGCAACAUCAUCACCCUCAACAUCAAGCUAGAGGAUGCCCUCUCCCGGCCCCGGGCGCGAGUGCCGCCCUCCAUCAUCCAGAUGCUGCUCAUCCUGCAGGGGGUCCAUGAGUCUAAAGGUGUAAGUGAUGACUACUUGAAGCUGGAGUUACUGAUCCAGAAGGUGGUGUCUCCAUACCUGGGCACUCACGGCCUGCUCUCCAAUGACGGGUCCAUCAUACAGUCGUCCUGUGUUCUGGAGAAGCGGUUGCUCCGCCUAUGGCCCAGACCCGGCGAGCCAACCAAGAACCCAGUGGUGCGCUCCAAGAGCUACAACAUCCCCCUGCUCACCCCGGUGGUGGAGUAUGACGCCGAGGCCGGCUCAGUGGGCAGCGUAGGCGUCCGCCGUCACUCAGUCUGUGAGAUGACCUCUUGCCUGGAGGAGGUGGGCUAUGCUGACCUGGCUGCCGUCCUGGAUGCCGGGACCAAGCUGUGCCCAACCGACACCGACGAACCAUCACCAGAGCAAGACCUGGAGCUGGGGGCCGUCGCCAGCGAGUCCCCAUUUCCCUCCCCCUCUGAGUUGGCCAAGGACCAUGAUUCCCUCAACAGUGGGCCCUCCAGCCCAGAGACCAUCGUAGAUCAAAUCCUGGACUCCAUAGACUCAGAGGCUGAGGGCAUCUUCAUCGAUUUCAGUCACUGCUGCUCAGACUCCUCAGGGUACGACAGGGACAACGGCAGGCAGAGUGUCGUCUAGCGGGACCUGACUUUCCGAUCUCCCUUUCUAUUUCUAUAGCUCUUUUUAAAGCUUUUUAACGCUGCAUAUUUCUUAGCAUUUGGUUUGUCCUAUUAAUAUUUUUAAGCUGGUUGUUCAUAUUUAAGUAUUUCCCACCUGCGUUUUCACUGUUGUAAAUGAACUGGGUCCAGUUAUUGGGGCCAAAGGCUUUGAUCUAUAGUAGGAGCAGCACGCUCUGAGUUUAUCUUGCAUGGCAUAGAUCAUCCACUGCAGAUAGCGGUUGUUAUUUCACACUUGGUAGCAUCUUAUCGGAAGCGUCCUGCCUUAUAGGAUAAUUACGGUGUGUCUUGCAAGGGAGGGAAAAACAUAACGCCUUGCAGUUAUGGGAAAACAAGAAACUGAUCUGAUUGGACUCUUAAGUUUAGACCUACCAUCUCAAUGGGCAAAACGGCACCUUCAAGAAUAUACUGCAGCAGCAGGGCCGUUGUGAAAACCAAAUUCGUAGGUAGGCACCGUUUCAAACCCACAUACAUGCGAUCUGACAGAGAAAGCUCGCUCAUUGGCCAGGUGACCUUGACUGCAAGUUUAAUGAUGUGUUAUUCACACAUUACAUUUUUACAAAACAUUGGGCGGCACAUGCUUACCUAAAUUAACUGGCACAAGUCCAUUGUGCAGCAAGGCUGGAUAAAUAAAUACCGGUGAGCUUUGCACUGGUCACGGAUUCUGUCUGCUGCCUCCCCACUGCCAACGUCACCGUUUUCAGAAGGAGUCGAAACAAGGAGGAAACAUCCCCAAUAAUCAGCAUGCCCCCCCCCCACCUGAAAUCUUAACGUUUCAGGUUUGGCACCCAGCCAAAAUAACAUCACCAAUAGCAAGAACCAUGUGGCGCUGAGCUGAGUGGCCGCUUUUAACAACCCAAAGGUAAGACUUUAUUUGGAUCCUGCUUCUGUGAUACAUAAUUCAAACAGAAGUUAAUGUAUUAGUGAAAUUAACUCAUUAAUUGUUAAAGAAAUAGGGAAACUUGCAGUUUAUGGCUUAAGUAUGAAGAUGGUGAGCUCUUACAUCUAACCAUGGAAGGCUGCUUUGUAUCGUUUUGAACCAAAUGUUAUUAAAAUGCAUUUUGACUGAGAGUUUUAAAUGUAAAGGUCGCUGUACCGUUUUGCUACGUGCAUUUGUUGUCCUUUGUGCUUGAGACACUUGUUGGUAAUUUGGCUCGUCGGAAAGACUCCCGGCUGUAGCGUUUAGCUGAUGGUGGGUCGAGCAGUCCGGCUGGUUUCCAGUGCGUUUCCCACCUUCCUGGUCAUUUCCUCUCAUAAAGUGGGUUUCCAGCAGGACUGGAGGUGCCAACUGAGAACGAUGAUGGCAGAUUUUGUAGUUUUUCCUUGCAUCUCCACAGUACAGCAUCACCAAAUUAACAACAGCUUUUCAAAUUGGCAAGCUUUGUUUGUUCGCAUCUUAGUCAUGAGGCUCGCUUGGCUUAUGCAAUGUUUAAAAGGAAAAAAACUCAUUUCAUAAUUCAUUUUAUGAACAUAUCACAGCUGUGUGGUGUUGCAGACCAUCCAUGGGUAAUUUGGCUGAUAAUAUUACUGAUGCUCACAGAACUUGCCCACAAAUUGUUUUACGAAAUGGAAAAACAGUAUAUCUGUUUCCGGGGAAAACAUUUCAAUGGUAAUAAAUAAGCAAGAAUUUUUCCGAUAUUUCAGAACCUUCUGCAAAAAUUAUGUAUAUACAAAAUAUCAGACGUGUAUAAGUAUGGUAAUAACAAUACAAUAAAAUAAUGAAAUCGAUAAACUAGGCACUUGAGGAUGUUUAAAUGGUUCUUCUGUACAGAAAGAUAGUGGUGUGUUCUCAAGAUGUAAUUUUUAUACAGACCUGUUUUAUAAAAGGGAGCAAAAAUGCAUGAAUUUUACACAAAAUGCUAACAAUUUCUAAAGAGGUACAGAAAUUUGUAACUGAUUUGAUUUGAACAUGGCUUAUUUUGUUUUCAUUUCAGAUUGGGCGUGAUGUGUUAACCGAUGUAUAUCCGGAAGUUAUUAUUUAUAUGUAAUUUUAUACUUAAAUUAUGAGUGAACAUUCUAAUUGACAAAUAGAAACAUUUGAUUUCAA